UCCUCUUGUUCGUACAACUUUGAUAUCUUUUGUUCGCUUUCGUUGGCAUUUUUUAAUUUUUAUUAGUAUUCGAUGAAGUGUUAUACGGUCUUCUAUGUUAAGUUGAAAAAUGAUAAAAACAUUCGCAAACGAAUUGUACGAUUAAGUAGACGAUAGAAAAGUGAUACGUGUGUUGUGAAUGUGAAUUUGUGCAACAUCAACAUCAAAAAGAUCACCAAGACAUGACGGAUACGUUUCCAAAAAACGGGCGGGUUACUGAAGUAUGCAAGGAAUGGAGAGUUCACGAGGACAACGCCCUGGCUCAUCAUUUGCAGUCACAAGAGAUCAACGAGCACUAUAAGGGCAACCGCUACAGAAACCAAACUGUUCGAGAAGAUUUCCCAACCGCUCUCAACGAACAAAAUAAAGAGAAAGAGAAUGCCGAACGACAGGCAGCAUUGUACCAUCAAAUGAUCAAUGAACAAGAGGAAGCCGACGCUCGGGUAGCGCGUGAGCUUGCCGAAAAGUUGAAAGCCGAAAUGGAAAUCGAACAGCGCCACCAAGCAGCGGAAAAUGAAAAAAUGGCCAGAAAACUGCAAAAGGAAUUGUUCAGUGACAAACGUGUUGGAAUGCCGCCCAUGUCACCGAAUGAUUUAAUUCCACCAAAUGUCUCUCCGAAAAAGGCAAACAUACAACAGUAUUCACCAACAGUUGUCGAAGAUUCUCCGAUAUCACCUUCACCCACAAACUCACGUCUGAAUUACGUUUCGUUGGACUUGAGUAAUCCACCGGCGAAAUUGAUUCAACAGCGAUCACCGUCGUCGAGGACACAAUACACGCAAGUGAUGCCGCAACAGUCGCAACAACCGAACUAUGAUCUUUCCGGUUAUAAUGAACAGCAGCAUCACCAUUACGACCACAUAAAUCUACAGUCUCAUACUCCAGAGAAGAAACCGCAGCCGCAUUUCGAUCAAAAUUAUCGCCAGAGAACUCCAACGAAAAUUUCCGGACAUACGUCACCACCACUAUAUGCGAACGCUGAACCUACUGAACGACACCCGAAUAGAACAGUAUCACCUGAUCACUAUGAGAACAGUUCUAUACGCACUCAUCAACACAUUGGCCACUCGCAAUCCGUUUCUAAUGAAGCACCUCCAGUUCGUCCAGAAAGAACCGACAAGCAACACGAAAUGUUAAAACAAACGGAUGCUUUUAAACGAAUGAAAAACCAGUCCGAUUCGACAAGAGCACAAUUUGAAAGGUUGUCGCUGGAAAAAUAUGACCAGAUCAUGGGAAACUAUGAAGCGGAUGAUCAUUGUGAUGGUGCCCAAGGUGGUGAAGAUGUGGAAUUGAAUGUAAAUCGUCAAGGUAACAAUGGGAAUGUGGAUAGGAUCAAGGCUAUGCAAGAGUUGGGAGUACCGGCCGAUGAAAUAAUCGAGAUAGAUCGCAGAAUCGCACAACAGGAGCGGGAUGAGGAAUUUGCCCGUCUCCUGCAGCAACAGGAAAAUAAAAAUUUGACGUUCGAAGAACAGGAUCGGCUAGUUGCAAUGGAAGCCCAGGAUAAGGAAUUGGCUAGAAUGCUGCAAGAAAGGGAAAGAGCUAAAGCUAAACGGGCUAAGGAGCGAGCACGCCAACGAAAACUUCAGCAAAAACAAGAAGAAUCAGAAAACGCCAGCUCGACUCAUUCAAGAACCCAUUCCGAGCUGGAUGGAGAUUCGUAUUCUGAUCCAAUCGAUCUUAUAGCAAACAAUGACGGCUCCAAAUCAACUCAUCCCAACCGCGACGGAAAUGUGCAUCAAACUCAGGCCCAACACAUGUACUACCAAGAUGCUGUGAAUCUGUACGAUGCCAACUAUUCGAACCCGGUGGAUCUAAUCCGAUCAACAAGCCGCAGUCCGACUUCAUCCGGCAGUAAACAGCCGGCAAAUCAUCGCUACGACGACGAUAUGUAUGAACGACCGAUCAAUGACGUCGAAUAUAAUGGUCCGAAACGGCCGAACAAUUUAGAUAUUCGACACCUGAAUCGGCCUCAUCAGCCGCCAAGGCCACCGAAACCCGAUCGCGACGAAUUGGGCAAUAUUGCUACAGUUAUCGAUCCCACGUACGUCGAAUCGAAGGGAAGUCCAACAACGCCGAACAGUAUUGCCCAACAUAAUCCGGCGACAAAUUUGCCAGAUUUUUUGGAUCAGAGCUCGAGUGCGGUGCCUCCGCCGUACAUGCCGAUUCAGGGAACUCGACGAAAUAUUUCACUUGACAAUAAUAAGAAGAAGAAAGGUAAAGACAAGUGCACUCAUCAGUAAGUGGGAGUGGGAUAAAUACGACACAGUGUUAGCAUAGGUCCACCACUUCUACUCUCUAAUUCAAUCAAAAUGUUUUAUUGAUAUUACGGUAACGUUAGAUAUAAAUAUGGGAUUGGGUUGAUGUAAGUUAACGACUAUCCUUUUCUCGGUUGAUUUUAUUUUUCACUUUAGGAGUAAAAGUACAAAAACUGAGUCCCAUAAUGGAACUUGGUGGUAAUAAUAAUCAAAAGCAAUCAACGUGCUAGGGUCUUGCAUUUUAGAGGCAAUUUUCUUUUAAAUUUUUUUUUGUUCAAUAAUAUCCAAUCAAAUAGCCUUAAUACCGAGGGGUAAAUGACUUCCAGAACGGGUGUGACAUGAUUUUUUGAAUUUGAACGGAGCUUGAACUCCGGAGUUGUUUAUCCCUCAAAAUAGAGAACACACGCAAGGCUAACACAGUGAAAAUUCGGUUACAUUCUAACAGUCUAAGCGCUAAAUUUUUAGUUUGAAAGUGAUGUUUGGGAGAAAUAAUCAUGAAAAGAGACUAACGGAAACACCUCAACUUGAAAACAAAUCGGUCGCUGUCAUCCAUGGAGUGGAAUGUUUGUUCUUCGUAUUGAAUCUGUUUAGCUCGAAUUUUUAUUUAGACGAAGUAACUAAGAUUUCUAUGAAGCAAUGGACGAAACAUAUAUAUUCGAUAUUCAACACUGAUUUCAAGUUUUAACUCUACUCAAAUGGACCCUAAGCAAUGCCGAACUGGCUCAAAAAAGCCCUUCGGGCGUUGUAUGGAGAAAUUUUUCAAAAAGCCCUUCGUCGUCAUUUAUCCAUACAAAAAUCAAAAGGCCCUUCGGGAAUCGCCCGAACGCCCAUAGGGCCAAUCCGGCACUGACCCCUAAGUCAUUAAAAACUUAGCAGAUAUCGAAUCGAUUGAUGGCUUGCUUGUCUUCACCAUCUCUGUCUAAUAUUCCACUUUUUUAGAAAGUGUUUAGAAAUAGGACCAAUCCGUUACUUAGAAUGCAAGGCCGAAAAUUCCUUUGUUUUUUCUUUUUGUACUAAACGCGUCUUUUCCAUUGUUUCUCGGUGUUUUUUUUACAAAUUGAAGCACUGGCAAGUCGACAAAAAUCAGGAAAAUACGUAAAAAGCAAUGAUCUUUCUGCAUUGGGCUUCCUUUUAUGUGAACUUAUAAAAUCAAUAAACAAACUAACAUUGGGCUCAUCUACAACGGACUAUAUAUACAGUGCCUCCAGUGAUCUUUUUUAUUUAAUUUUUUUUUUUUUACAAAUUUAUUUACCAUUAAAUAUGACCUGUUACGUAAUCUGUACUCGGAGCACAGAUGCGACAAAUAAAUGAAAUCUCAGCUAUACUACAAUAACCUACAAAA